AUGUUGACUCAAUUAUUUACAGUUGCAAUUGCUUUAGGUACUGUUACUGCUUCUCCAUAUUCAGUCCCAUACUUUGGUAAAUAUUUCCAUGGUCAAAGAACUUCAAAUGAUUCAUCGUCCGAAGGUAAUAUUUACCCAGUCAAAGAUUGUUCGGCUUUUAUAGCUAAUACUCCAAAUUCUUGGUCUUGUCAUAAUACUUCAGUCAUUACUGAUGAAUGUUGUUUUGAAAAUUACGGUAUUUUAUUGCAAUCUCAAUUUUGGGAUUACAACACUACUUUAUUGGACAUUGCCGUUAAUGGAACUACUCAAGAAGUUCUUGAAGCUGAAUUAAGGGCUCAAAUUGGAUCACUUGACGAUGAUUUAAAAAAGACUUUUACAAUUCAUGGUUUAUGGAAUGACUUAUGUAACGGAUCGUACAAUCAAUAUUGUCAACCAUCAUUAGAAGUCAAUAAUACCAUUGAUAAUUUAACUCAUCUUAUUGGCGAUCAAUUUAAAGAAACUCAGUUAUUGAAAAUUAUGAAAAAGUAUUGGAUAAAUACUUUAAAAUCAAAUGUUGAUGAUCAAGCUAGUGCAUCAUUAUGGGAACAUGAAUACAACAAACAUGGAACUUGUAUGAAUACAUUAAAUCCCCCAUGUUUUAAUGGUAACUAUACUAAAUUUGAAAAUACCGUUAAUUUCUACAAAAAAACAGUUGAGGUUUGGUCACAAUUGGAUACUUAUGAAUUCUUAGCAGCUGCAGGAAUUUACCCAACAACUACUAGACAAUAUAAACUAGCAGAUAUUGAAAAAGCAUUGGCCGAAGCUCAUGGUGGAUCAGUUUUUGUUGGUUGUUUGGAUGGUGCAAUUGAUGAAAUUUGGUAUUAUUACAACUUGCAGGGUAACGUUUUGACUGGUACUUAUAGACCAAUCGAUCAAACAGGUAAAAGUACUUGUAAAGACAAAGUUUGGUAUAUUCCAAAAUAG